CAAAACCCGGAAAAUAACAAAAGAGUUGUGCGUUUCUUCGGAACAGUGGAGAAGUGAGUGUGUGAAGUGAGGAGAGCAGCCGUAGGAUCAUGGCCCUGCACAUCCUCCACCAGUGCUCCCGGGGGUUCAGUCCUGCCCGGGUUUGUGUGCGCUUCUCCGGCCUCUCCGCGCGCGCACAGCCGCAUCUGCAGCGCGUGCACAGGUUCAUCCACCGCACGAGUCACGGCUCCGGAGAGUCCAGCUCCAGCUCCAGACUGUGGCUCUACGGGCUCUGUGGGCUCGGGCUCGGGGGCGCUGUCACCUUUGCAGUGGCUCUUAAGUCCCGCAGAGAUUUAGCGGAGAGUCCCGGGGAUUGUGAGCGGACAGAUGCUGCAGGAUACAGAGGAGCCGUGGAGACGAGCCGAGAGCUGCUGCAGCGGAUCCAGGUCAGUGUGGAGGUGGGAGCUCCGGGGCUGGUGGUGGGAGUCUCUGUGGACGGUGUGCAGGUUUGGGCUGAAGGAAUUGGAUUUGCAGACCUGGAGAACCGUGUGCCUUGUACACCUGACACUGUGAUGCGCAUCGCGAGUAUCAGUAAACCUCUGACCUCUGCAGCUGUGGCGCGUUUGUGUGAAGAAGGAAAACUGAAGCUGGACGAACCUGUGCAGACGUACGUCCCCGAGUUCCCCAAGAAACAGUUUGAGGGUCAAGAGGUGACCAUAACCUCACGGAUGCUCCUGUCUCAUCUGAGCGGGAUUCGACACUACGAGAAGGACGCAAACAAGGUGAGAGAAGAACGAGAGAAAGCUAAGAACAAAAUAAAACGAAAAGAAGACGAGAAGGAGGAGAAGAAGGAGAAGCAGGGGCAGAAGAAGCCGACGCAGAAGAAAAGCGAGUUUGAGCUGGAGGAGUAUUACCUCAAAGAUCACUACAACAGUGUCAUCGAGGCACUGGACCUUUUCAAAGACGAUCCUCUCAUUUUCAAACCAGGCACCACAUUCCUGUACUCCACUCACGCCUUCACCCUGCUCAGCGCUGUGGUGGAGAGAGCCGCUGCAGUGCCCUUUCUCGACCACAUGGGGGCGAUGUUCCGUGAGAUGGGCAUGUUCCACACUGUGCCAGAGCUGAACGAAACCAUCAUCUACCACCGCUCCAGGUACUACCAUCUGAACAAAAACGGCCGCGUGGUGAACUGCCCGUACGUGGACAACUCUUACAAAUGGGCCGGAGGAGGCUUCCUGUCGACCGCCGGGGACCUGCUCCGGUUCGGAAAUGCUCUUCUGUACAGUUAUCAGAUCACGCAGCUCAAGGACACGGAGGGGAUGCUGCCCGGCUUUCUCAAACCGCACACCGCUCGGGAACUGUGGACCCCCGUGAAGAACACAGAAGUAAGCUGGGAUAAAGACGGACAAUACGCGCAGGCUUGGUUAGUUGUGGAGGAAGAGCAGAAGUACGGGCAGUGCAGGAAGCGCAGGCACUACGUCUCGCACACGGGGGGCGCUGUAGGGGCCAGCAGCGUGCUCUUGGUGUUACCUGCGGAGAGAUUGGAGCAGUGCGAAGGGAAGAAGCAGCUGCCUCAAGGUGUGGUGGUCACUGUUAUUAUGAAUAUGCAGUCUGUGGGUUUGAACAGGACCGCACUGGCCAUUGCGCACGAGUUUGACCGAGCCAGACUCCGACAGUGAACUCCUCAGUGACUGCGAUUACAUGCUCUUGAGUAUCCCGGUUAUCAGUCUUAUCCCGUUUAUGAGAGUAUUCUGGAUUUGGUGUUUACCUGCGCUCAGAGAAACCAGGAUGCUCAUGUCCGUGUGUUCGUGAGGAAUCAGAGUAUCCUGGAUAUUUACACUGUUUACUGUGGUAACUAUGGCACAGAUAGAAGGAGCUAAACAUGGAAAAAUUUUAGGUAAUUUAAAGUUUUUUAACAAGUUUUUAAUGACAAAAAAGAAGACAUACAUUCAAGUAAGAACAUGUACCGUAUUUUUCGGACUAUAAAUCACCCCAGAGUAUAAGUCGCACCAGCCAAAAAAUGCGCAAUGAAGAAGAAAAAAAACACAUAAGUCGCACUUUUUGGGGAAAUGUAUUUUCGAAAAUCAGAGACCAGGAACCGACAUUUCAUCUUGAAAGGGAAGUUCUAGUAAAAACAAUAGAAUAGAGAACAACAGACUGAACAGGCGUUAAUAUGUUAAUGUAACAUAUUAACAGUUCUUCAGAUAAUUAUAGCAUAAACAACAGAACAUAAUUUUUCCAAACUCUCCAUCUCACUCCAAAUCACUAAAUCCACUGAAUUCUUCAUCCUCUGUGUUACUUCUGGGUGACCUCCGGAGGUAAUUCAAAGAUCCAUGAGGUAAACAGAGCGCCGCUUCCUCUUCUGUGUAGCUGUCGUCAGACUCAGCAUCAGUUCCAGUUAGAAUUAUUCCGGCCUUUUUGAAUCCAGACAGGAUGGUUUCGGUGUCACUGAAGUCCAGGCUUUGUCCAUCCAUCCAGUGACUUCAAGGAAAGUUUCAUGGUGCAUCCUCCCAGUUGCCAUGAAGUUGUGUUCUUCAUCCCUGCUUUCCUUCAGUCCCUCACAAGUUUCUCGCUCACUCCAAACUUUCUUUCUGCUGCUCGAUUACCAUUUUGGCUGAAUAUUUCACUAUUUGCAGCGAGACAGUGACUUUUUCUGCAGGAGACAUGCGCAGUAUAGCCAAGUGACAGUGGUAUAGGAGGAACAGGAGCAGCAGAUACUCACACACAAGACUAGAGCUUCUCGCAGCUGGCAGUGUGAAAAUUUCAAUAUAUAAGUCGCAGGAAACACCCAAACCAUGAAAAAAGUGUGACUCAUAGUACGAAAAAUGCGGUACUUACUUGAAUAACAAAAAAGAAGACAUACAUUCAAGUACUUAGACUAUUUCCUGACAACUAUGACACAGAUACGACGAGAUGUUAAACAUGUAGAAACUUAAGGUAAUUUGAGGUUUUUUAACAAGUUUCUAAUAAUAAAAAAGAAGACAUACAUUCAAGGAAGAAUAUGAGACUGUAGAGCAGCACCAGUUUGGUUCAAGAGCAACACAAACCACCACAAAGAUGAGCCUGGUGUUAAAAUGUGACUGUUAGGGAUGUAACAAUAACCAAAAUAUCGUGAUAUUGUAUCGUCAGAGUUCUCAAAAUAAUAUCGUGGACCAUCACAAUAUAUUGAAUUAUGAGUCUCUUUGCUUAAAUGAAGAGUUAUGGUGCAGCAAUAGCUCAAAAAACAGAGGAAACUACAUAGACCAUGAUCCUUUGCUCCAUUUCAAUGCAGACCACAAGAAGAAAUAACAAUUCUAAGCACUUUUCUUUGGAUUAAAUCUUGUCAAGGCAUUUUAAGAGGAAAAAGUAGUAUAUUAACAGGUUUACCUGUUUAGCCUCCACAAAAUAUCGCAAUAAAUAUCGUACCGUGAGAUGUAUAUUGUGAAAAUAUUGUACAGAGAGAUUUGGAUAUUGUUACAUCCCUAAUCGUGAGUCUCCCCAUCAAAUAUCGUACCUUGACGAUAUUGUAUCGUGAGACUUGGAUAUCGUUACACCCCUAGUGGCUGUAUUACACGGUAGAUUGCUUUAUUUUGUUUGUAAGUAUAAAAAGUCGUGGUAGGAGUUUGAGUCGUUUUGGGAAAGUAUCUGCUCCUAUUUUUUUCUGUUUCUUGAGUUCGCACAUGCUCAGUACAGCUCCAGUUUUGAGAAAUCAGGAUACUGCGUCUACAGGCCACAAUAUCCUGGAAACUCUCAGGAAAAACCCAGUUAGAGUAUCUUGGUUUCUCAUCACCGGGACACUGGCUCAUCCAGGAGACUGAAAUCAGGAUACUGCGUUUACAUGGACACACACAAAACCAGGAUACUCCAAAAAACCGAUCAUAACCACGAGACAAAGCGCAUGUAAACGCACUCAGGAGUGUGAGAUUGGUGUCCGUUAAAGCCAUCCGUACCACGCACAUCCACAUGUUCUUCCCUUGAAUGGAGCUCCACGGUGACCGGAACUAAAUUAUCCAUUCAUUUUUUUCAUAGACUUUCCAAAAAAAAAAAAAAAAGAUGUAUUAAGAGUUUGAAAGUUUGCUCUGUGGCAACUAAGAAGCACAAGACAUAAUGUUUUUAUUCAAAUCUGUUUCUGAAACUUUAUAAACUGCCAUGGUAUUAAAACAUUUCACAGAAUCUUGUGUUUUAAAGGUGCAUUGUGUAACUUUUUCUGGUGAGGGGUCUUGUUUCUAUGGAGAUGUCAUUGCUCUGCCUGGAAUGUUCCACAAUAAGAGCUGUUUAAAGUCAAUCUUACAUUUAUUCAAUUACAAGUGGUUUUAUAGCUCAAAAAUAUCUCGAAAAGCAACAUUCUGACUGUGAGCGGGGUCGCCUCUCCACAGAUCUGACCUGUAACUUGGUCUGGUUUGGUGUCUGUGAUGAUAGAAAGGUUUAAUGCCAUACUGUGAAACAUUCCAGACAAAGUUUGUGUAACCCCUGAGUCGUUCAGGUAGGAUCCAUAGCAAAGGAGAAAUUCUGUUCUGUCAACUGGAGAAAGUUACACAAUGCAUCUUUAAAACUUUAAAAACUCAGGGCUAGGGCUGGUCUCAUUAAGAAGCUGCUGAUACGAUACAUACCUCGAUACAGUGCACUUUUGAUACAGUACAAUGCAUUUCAAGUCGAUUCGAUACAGUUCAAUAAAAAAUAAAGGCUAAAUCGUGGCUGUGAUACUAGAAGUCUUCGUUAAACCAUUUCUUGUGCAAAGUUCACAUGAAACACAAACAUUUUAUUCAUGAAAAUGUCAAAUGUGUCGCAUAAACGAGUUUCCUUUCACUAAACAUGCACCUAAACUGUAGCUGUAACAAAAUAAUUGACUAAAAUAUACCAAAAAAUACUCUUAGAGAUAUAUCGAUGCAUCAGCCCACAAUAUCAAUACUGUAUGAUCACAUUAAACAUUACGAUAUUUCGAUAUUUCAGUGUUUUUGCUCACCCAUACUCAGGGCGAAUCAGGGAAAUGGGAACUAAUGAGCACAAGACUUAAAAAUUUGUUUCUGAUACUUAUAAACUGCCAAGGUAUUAAAACAUUUCACGUAAUAUUUGCAUUUUAAUUUGCUUUUUGUACUUAAAACAUUUGCGUUAUGUAUAUUAGUUAGUAUGUAGCUUGUUGGCUUCCGCUGUUAAUAUUUUAAAUCUUGGAAAAGUCUGUGAAAAAAAUGAAUGGAAAAUUUACUUCUGAAGAGCAGGCGGUCACUGUUGAGCUCCACACAGCGCAUGGCCAUAAUCUUAUUUUUAUAACAAGAUGGACUGUAAAAUUGUGUUUUUAGUAAUUAUUGUAAUGACUUUCUGUGCCAUAAAACUCUAAGAAAAUCUGAUUUCUCAUGGAUUGCCAAUUUUCAACUUUUUAAUAAAAUUAUGUUUUUA